AUGAGUGCUAAUAAUAAUGCUCAAUCUUCUGGUGUCUAUUUGAAAGCCAAUAAACGUCGUAAACAUUCAUCAUCAUCAUCAGCAGCAGCAGCAGCUGAUAAAAAUCAAUCUAAUGAAGAAACAAAUAGUGAUGUUGUACGAAAUAAAGGUGUUAAUUUUGUUUCAACAACAAUGAAUCAAUCUACUGUACUCAUGUAUUUAAAAAAAGAUGAUAAUUCUGUAACUAGUAUGAAACAAUUCUUUAUGAAAGCUGACGAUGAAAAACAAUGGAAAAAACAAAAUCCAACAUUAAUGUCAUUAGCUAAUGAACUAUUUGAAUUGUUUCUUAUUUUUUUAUCAUCUUGUGAUAUUGUGCAAUCGUUAAUUGGUAUUAAUGAAAGAUUGAAUUCACUUAUUUAUUCAUUUAUACAUCAAAUUGAUGUAUCAAAAAAACAAGAUCAAUGGUUAAAUAAAUACUUGUUGUCAGUUAAACCUUUGAUAACAAAAAUAAAAUUUCAUCACGCACAAUUAGAAACAUUGUUUCCAACAACAACAACAACAACAAUUCAAGAUCAAUAUCCUCGUCUUACGUCAAUUAUAUGGAUUUAUGAAAGUAAUCUUAAUAGUAGUCUCGAUGUUGCAUAUUUGAAUGUCUUUAAAACAAAAUUAUUCUCAUUAUGUUUAAGUUUUAAAUCUAAUCCAGAUAAUAACAAUAUUUACAAUAAUGUUGCAUUAUUAUUAUUACAAGAUGAUUCAUUGAUACAAUGUUUAACAUUUAAAGAUAAUAAUAAUCAUUCUUUCAUAUGGCUUUCAUUUGAAUCAAGUACGUUAAAAUUGAAUCAAUAUUUAAAAGAAUUAAAUAUUAAAUUACGUUAUGCUCAUCAUUUGUUCAUAUUAAUUAGAAAUUUAUUAAAAUUAGAAUUUUUAAAUGUUGAAAUUUGUGGAGCUAUAAAAAAUGAUAUAUAUAAUUAUAAUAAUAUUGAAAAUCCAACUGCAACAUUAUCGCCUGUGUUGAAACAUUUGAUUAUCAAUUCACAUGGUUUAACAUACUCUAAUUUAAUAUUGUUGUUAAAACAAUUUCAACAAUCAAUUCAAUUAUUAAAAUUAGACAUGUGCAUUCAAGAUCAUGUCAAUGGUGAAAUUAUUACAUCAACAAUUACAUCAACAAUGCCAAAAUUAAAAGAACUUCAAUUUGUUUUUCGAUUUACUAUGAAUAAAAAUGUCAACAUUAAUACUGAUGAAAUAAUAUCAUCAUUUUCUUCAACAUCAUAUUGGCUAAAUCAUGCUGUUAUGUGUUUUUAUGAAGAAUUACAUAGUUAUUUUGUUUUGCUUUCUUUACCUUGGUCAACAAAAGAAAAUGAUCCUAUAACGAAUGAUAUUAUUAACUAUCGUACCAAUACAACAACAUUACCAUUAAAAUUGAUGAACAUGUAUUCAAUUUAUCUUAAUUCAACAACGAUCGAUUUUAAAUUUUUAAAAUUUAUUCAAGAUACAUUUAUUCAUUUUAAAAAAAUUACUAUUUGUUGGUACACGUGUUCAUUGAAUGAUGAUGUCAUUGAACAAAAAACUCAAAUUAAUUUAAGUACAAUUCAAACAUUAAAAUAUUACGGUAUUUCUUGUAAUACAAAUUAUAUUGAAUUUUUAUUGUUAUUAUCAAAUGUUCGACGUCUUUUUGCUAUUAGUUCUAUAAUUCAAGGCAUUAAUCGUUAUAUCUCGGAAAAUGAAAAAUUGUGUUCUGUAUGUAAACAAAUUACUUAUUUACAUAUAUACAAAAAUUUGCACGAUUACAAUAAUGAUGAAAUAAAAAAAACAUUUCCGAAUGCUUUUGUUAGUUUAAAAAAUAUUUAA